GAUCCUGAAGCGCCGUCAUCAUCAGCUGAACCUCAACCGAGCCUCGUUAUAAUAUUCCCGUGGAUGUCCUUUGAUGAGGCUUUAUCUCGAGUAAUUUCCGGAGAAUAAGUGUCAUCAUUUUGUCUGUUCAGCCAUGAACUUGUUGAAAAAUAUAGUUAAUCUACGGGGAUGGAAGCCCAGGAGAGCAGGGUGCUUGUACAACAGCCAGAGAGCUAUGAGUGCUACAGAACCAGCACAUCUGGAACCAGCCAAUUUCAAGCCACAGAAAGUACUGAUUCUCACCAAAUUGUCAAGAUAUGAGUUUGAAAAGCGUCGUCACCCGGAGUUGACUGAGAGACAACUAGAGAGGUGCCUUAGAAACAGAGGUUCAGACUACAAUAUGUUACUCUACCACCACUACAUCCACAAGGGUGUUGAGAAUACAGUAAACAGUGUCUUCAGAGCAGCUGGCAUUGAAACCAAAGUGGUGUAUCGAUUUGAUUACUCAGACCCCAACAUCGAAUGGGCAGAUGCCAUAGUGACUACAGGAGGCGAUGGAACCUUCCUUCUUGCAGCAUCUGGUGUUCUAGAGAGAAACAAACCUCUAAUAGGGUUCAAUUCUGAUCCCAUGAGAUCAAAAGGACAGCUGUGUCUCCCACAGAAGUACUCAGUGGAUGUGAAGGAGGCAAUUGAUAAACUAUUAAAGGGAAAGUUUCGCUGGACCUUCAGAAGCAGAAUUCGUGUGACACUUAUUGGGGAAAAUAUCUUUAGACCACCAGUUGAAUUGCAUGACCAGCAGUUGUUACAUCCUGAGUACAGAUACCUAGACAUGGACUUGCAGUUACGUACGCUGAAGGAAAAUACACCAUCAACAGAUGAGUCUGGAUUACCUAGAAGAGUACUACCCGUCCUUGCCCUUAAUGAGGUUUUCAUUGGCGAAUGUGUGUCAGCCAGAGUGUCGUAUUUGGAGUUGAGUUUUGAUCGUAACAAGGGGAUCAAACAGAAGUGUUCAGGACUCAUCGCCAGCACAGGGACGGGCUCAACCUCAUGGACUUAUAAUGUGAACAAGUUAACAGAACAGAAUAUGGAAGAAAUCCUGACUAUUGUGAAGGAGGAGACAGGCUUUGCCAUCCGCGAUUCAGAUACCUUAUUUGUACGGAAGAUUACUAAUAAGUUUAAUGAGAUGCUAAUCACAAAUCCAGAGGAGCCACGUAUGGUGUACACUAUAAGAGAUCAAUUGGUCUCUUCACCCAUGAGAAGUGAAUGCGUCAAGCCUCGGGGAUUUGCUAGGUCAAUAGGCGUAAAGUCUCGCUGCUUUGAUGCUUCUUUGGUGAUUGAUGGGGGUCUGUCCUUCACCUUCAAUGACGGAACACGAGCCCUUCUGGAGAUUCAUGAUGUGGAUGCUCUCCGGACAGUGACCCUGCACGAGGAUCCAACAGAAGUUUCCUUCAAGCACUGAAAGAAAUUGCUGAAGAAAUGUUUCGUAAUUUACAAACCGAAGACAAGAAAUGUUUUUGGUAUUAACAAGGAAAAAUAACAGAAUUUUUAAGAUUAACUUGAUAUAUGGUGCUCAUUGUCUAGUCAUACUGGGACAGAGUAAGUGUUUAUGCCCUGGACAUAGACAUUUUGACAUAAGCUUAGUACAAGUUAUGUUCAGUGUCAGAUAAAAGGAGUAUUAUUCAAUAAAAUGGAACAUGGAAAUAUCUUGCUGUUAGUGAAUACAGGAGCUUGUAAUGAGGGCGAAAUAUGUAGAUAGAUUUAAGUCAGGGUUGUAUAUAAAUAUCUCUGUGAUUAUUAAACUCUCACUUAGACAUUGUCACAAAUGAUAAGCACCUUAUUUGGUUAUUGAGCAAUAGUUGAGAGCUGUUUCAUAGCAGCAUUAUGCUUUGUGUAAUAGGUAAUUUGGUUCAUAUGUAUAUAUAGCAUUAGUACAGAAUUUCUUUCUUACAUGAUUGCAUAUUUAUUUACUGGACAUAUACAUUAUGAAUCUAUGAGUGUGAUUAUUGUUUUGCUCAUUAGUUUUUACUUAUAGUAAGUAUUGUGGGCAGAGUUGUACAUGCUUUAUAGAUGUGCUAUAACCCUUCUGUUUUCAAUUACAGCUUCUCCUGUUAGAUCAAAUUUGUCCCUAUAACAUGAAAUGCACACUUUGCUUUUCAUACAGAGAACAGGGCAAACAUAUCUAAUUCCGUAAGUUACUAGUAUCAUUGACAGUAUUAUUGACAUGAGACUUGAUACUUUUCUUCCCAACUUUUGAUACACUGCAUUAAGUGGUAUGGAAUUUAAAUAAUAGCUGUUUAUUAUUGUUAUAUCAUUAUGUAUGACAUAUCUGUGUAUGAAUAACUAUAUAUAAAUGCUUAUUUUGUGUCUCUUCAACAAACAGAGAUAAUUACCAUGAAUUAGUGAAAAUUAUCAAAGCCUAAUUAAUAAGAAGAGGUUUAUUAACAUUGAUAAUUCAUGUGUUAAACAAGAUAAAGCCUUAAUUUGAUUUAUCCAACAUCAGAGGUUACAGACAAUUUAUGAAAUAUCUCAUUUAGGAAAUAUAGAUGUCUCAGAAAAAGUAAGACUGGUUGGAGGUCAGGGUAUAUGCUAUAUAACAUUAUAUUUAAUGUUGAGUGCAUAAAUAAUAAGAAACAUAUACUGUAAGCAGCAGGGUAUAUUAAUGGUGUAAAUUGUUACCAAAGCAAA